UGGGGAGCGGGCGCGCGGCCCUGCUGGAGGCCUUCGCCGGGCCGGCCGCGGGGCCCGCCCUGGUGCGCGGGGCGCGCCUGCGGGCUGCGGCCGCUGGCACCGGCCGCGAGGCGCGCGCUUUAGCCGCGGCCAGGCACGGUGGGCCCGGCAGCGCGGAGCGCCAGAGCGGCAUCCAGCACAUCUUGGGAAACAACAAAGAAGGCGUGGCGCGUUCGGUACACGAUAAGGAGCGGCCCUGACAAAGGUAGCGUGAAGCAGCCUCGAUUCCGCCCCAAGGACGAGUCGCCAGAGGAGGUGGAGCUGGCGCGGCUCGCCGCCGUCGAGGCGCUGCGGCGGCUCGAGGGGGAGGAUCAGCUCGGCGAGCUCAGGCGGGCCCCUUCUGAACGCAGCGGCAGCGCGGAGCGUCAGAGCGGCGUCAAGUACAUCUCCUGGUGCAAACGUUGCCAGGCGUGGCGUCUUCAGUACAGGAUCAAGAACGGCCUCGACAAAGGUAGCGUGAAGCAGCCUCAAUUCCGCCCGAAGGACGAGUCGCCGGAGGAGGUGGAGCUGGCGCGGCUCGCCGCCGUCGAGGCGCUGCGGCGGCUCCAGGAGGAGGACGGCGCGCUCGGGCCGAGCAGCUCGGACGAGCGCCGCGCUAGCCUCGGCAGCGCGGAGCGCCAGAGCGGCGUCAAGUACAGAUCUUGGGACACAAGAAACAAGGCGUGGCGCGUUCAGUACAAGAUCAAGAACGGCCCAGACAAAGGUUGCAUGAAGCAGCCUCGAUUCCGCCCGGAGGACGGGUCGCCGGAGGAGGUGGAGCGGGCGCGGCUCGCCGCCGUCGAGGCGCUGCGGCGCCUCCAGGAGGAGGACGGCGCGCUCGGGCCGCGCAGCUCGGGCGCGCCUUGCACCGACCGCGGCCGCGGGGAGGCGCCCGCCGCGCCCGUCGAGGGAGAGCGGCUGGCCGCCUUCCGCAGGUGACUCCGUCGACGACGGCGCCUUUGAGCUCUUGGCGAGGCAGCCGGCCGAGGUGCAGUCCAUGGUGAUCUUGAGGUUCCGCCCGCCAGAGGAGGGCCUGCCCGACUACUCGGCGCUGCUGGCGAGCGUCGUCCAGACCAUCACGGAUGCCGCACGGCGGCCGCGCCAGGUCGCGACGUUCUCGACGGACUGCUUCUGGGAGCCGCAGAAGCUGUUCGACGGGGUGAGCGGGGUCCUCAGCACCACGGUCGGCUACACUGGGGGUAACACGCUGGCAAAGCCCACGUACGAGAGCGUGCAACUUGGUGACGGGCACUCUGAAGCAAUCCGCAUAGAGUUCGACCCUGAGCUGAUCACCUACGACGCGCUCCUCACUCACUUUGACCGCAUUCGCGAGCGCACGCCUGCGCCAGUGGGCUUGGCGAUUGCUGGGGGGGCACAGCCCCACACUGCCACUGUGCAGGCUGGGACCAAGACGCAGCACCACUCGGCAGUCUGGUACCACGACGAGGAGCAGAAGAAGGCCCUGCAGGCACGCGCCAGACGAGGCGCCCGGGAGGUCCACGCCGCGCGCAUGGAGACCUGGCACGACGCGGAGAGACACCACCAAAAGUUCUACCAGAAGGGCUGCAGCGUGCAGUGACGCGCAGAUUCCAUCCCUUCUCCUCCUUCUGCCCCUCCUCCUUACCCGCUCUCCCGAGGCCUGGAUGAGCCGAGGGGUACGGUCGGGGGCUUGGCCCGUGGGGCCGGGCAGCUUGCCUGCGCCCACGGGGCGCAGCGGGACCUUCCGCGUUCGCAGCUGCAUCGCUCCGCCACUGUCGCCGCGCUCGUCGGCCUUCUUGCAGGGCACCUUUUCUCUGCACGGCAUUGGUUAGGGGUCGGAGCGGCUCUGGGUGUUCACUGCUUCUGCACGUCAUUGUCGUUGCCGACUCGGCGCAGACCAUGUCACCAGACAUCGAGAUGUAGACAGGCCGCGCUUGCGCCACUCCGGGAGCGCAUCGAAUUAGGGGGUUUCACGCGCGCGUGUUCGCGAGCACGGCCUGGCAGUCUACAGCGAUGCCAA